CCCGGAGCGUCCAGGAGGCGGCGCCGCUGAGAGCCGAUCGGGUCGGUGCUGAGACGAGGCGGCGAUGGACGACUUCACCACCAGGACGUACGGAACCAGCGGCCUGGACAACAGGCCUCUGUUUGGGGAGACGUCGGCCCGGGACCGGAUCAUCAACAUCGCCGUGGGAGGAUUCACAUCAGUGGUUGUUCUAGUGACUGUAAUUGGUUCCUUCGUGUUCCCCUCGUUGCCUCCUCGGCCGCUAAACAUCUUCUUCGCCGUGUGCAUCCUGUUGGCCUGUGGAUCCACCAUAGUGCUGAUAUUCUGGUACCGGCAGGGCGACCUGGAGCCCAAAUUCAGGAAUCUGAUCUACUACAUGCUGGCGUCCAUCGUGCUGCUGUGUCUAUGUGCCAACCUCUACUUCCACGACGUCAGGUGAAGACGAGGAGGAAGAAGGGAAGACAUGGCCUUGAUGGACGGAAACACGGGAAGGACUGAGAGUCAGACGGACCAAUCACGUGACCAAAAUAGUAGAACUAUUUUAUCACACUAACUUGAAGCUGCAGAGGAUUGUGGGACCAAAAAAAAAAAAAAACCUGUAAAAUGGUUCCAGUGGGACGAAAACCUGCCAGACUUUUGUUGGUGCUGAAUUAUGCAAACAUGACGUACUGUAUGAGGCUGAGGACGACCUGCUGGAGGACGGACAGGUGUGUUUACAGGCUCAUAAAAGAUCAGAUCUGCAGUCACAUCCUGAAAACAGCUGCAAACCAGGAUUAAACUGUUCAAUUACGCUCCAGUUUGCAGAUUUUUUUUUUAAAGAAAACAACGUAAAUUUACUCAUUUCAUCAUCUAAAAUGUGACUAUUUUCUGUUUUUUUUUCCUCCUCUGUGACAGUAAACUGAAUAUCUUUGGGGUUGUGGACAGUUUGUUGCCAUUUCCUGACAUUUAAAUCAGUUGCAGCCUGAUUUUAAAGCACUUAUAAAACACUUUGGAUGUGACUGAGAUGAAAUGAUUGAACAGUUAAAGGAAAAAUCUGCCCAAAACUAAGAGUCCCAUCUGUGUGUAAUCUUAUAUACUCAUGAUUUUCUUCAUGAUUUACUAUAUUUAUAUCUUUAAAUGACUGACAGACGAAAGGGAGCGUCCCAGUUCAAGCUCUACCUCCUUUAAAGUUUGUUUCUUAAGACUGUGUUUUUGAUUAGUCGUGUUUCCAUAACACAUUCUUGAAAUAUUGCUUUUGAAAACUUCACAGAAACAGCAAAAUUUGAAGAAAAUUUCCCCAAUUUUGCAAAAAAAACUUCAUUUUUGCAAUGUUAAUGCGCUUUAUCAGAGACUGAAACACGUUUUCUGAGCGUUUCCAGGCAUCAAACACGGACAACGCAAGCUGACAUUAAUGAAUAAUUCGAACAAAAUUUAAGUUUCUUUAUGGUUUUUAGCAGCUGGUUUUGUUUCUGUCUUCUUCUAAUCUGUUUAUUACAGUAACAUGUCCUAUGGCGCCACCUGCUGAGGAAACUAUGCAGCAGUUUAUACACACUAAAGCAAUUUUUCAAAAGUUUGCCUCAAAUUUAAUGACAGUUUUUAUGGAAACAUGGCUGGUUUGGUUCAUCCAACAAAUUGUCUUCUAAAGCCCCAUUCAGACUGGAUUUACCUCGAGGUGGAAAUCAAAUAUCCACAGUGAUAAAGGAAAUUACCGGUAUUUUCUCAACAUAUAUAGAUUUAAUCCAUAAUUCUGCCUAGAAAUCAGAGAAAAAGUUGCCUGGGAAUGGUCAUUUUUAGGGUUGCUUUAAUAUCCCAGUAAUCCAGUGGAGGUCCAAUGAGUUUACUGCUAACGGCUAAUUGCUAACAUGGACAGUUUGCAGAAUGUAAACACAUUUAGGCUAAACAAACAGGCUUAAACAGCAGAAUUAACGGUUGUGUCCCAGUUCAGGCUCGACCGGAUUUAAAGUUUGUUUUUCCCAGUCCAAGUUUUUGACCCAAUCAGAUGCGAACAAAAAAAAAAGUCGAACCUCCACAAGGAGAGCUGAAGCGGAGGCAAAGAAAUCGAGGAUAAAGUAAAAAAUCAUCCAUCUUUUCAGGGUCGUAUCUGAACACACGGACGUUAAAAAUAUAUAGAUUUCAUCCAUUUAUUUGCUCAAGAAAUAGUUUGUGAGACGUCUCAUUGUUAAAAUUUUUUCACUAUUAAACUCAUCCAGUGACAGACUGCAAAUAGAAGCUACUUCUGCUAAUUUGGCUACUUUUAAUGCAAAUCAUAAACAAAUUCAGUCUUGAAAAAAGCAACUGAACUCAUUGUAGGUACAUUUUUACUGCAAUCUAAGGUCCUGCACCUCUAUGGAAACAAUGACCAUGAAGAUAAACUCAGAAAAGCAAUAUAUGCUAAUUAGAAUGCCAUAAAUCAUAAAAGAGAAAGCUAAGGUUGAAUCUGAUUGUUUAGUUUAGAAAAAUUGAAAAAUCUGUAAUCAAACAUUCUUCCAAGUGGCCACAGGUGUUAAACGAUGGCUGUACAUACUAUAAAUAUUUAAGUGCCUGCAGUUCAACCAAAAGGUUUCUGAACUUCUGUCACGAUUUUUGACUACUCGGCUGCAUCGAGGAGUGAAAAUUUUAGUUUUUUGCUAUAUCUGGUGCAAAUUUGGCCAAUUUUUUUUAACAACACACGUAGAAUAAAGUGAUUUUGAUCAAAUAUAACUAUUUUUAGCCUCGAUUUGGUUCAUUUUCCCAACAAAUGAUUGGUUGAAGUACUCUUGGACAGUGAAAAAUCUGAUGAUUCUUUCUGUUUUUAUGGUUUCUGGCUCUGCUAAAUGGUGUCAUUUGGUCAUUUUUUUAUAAAUACACUGAAUUUCAAAAAGUUUUAGGGUUCAGAGGGUUGAAACUAAAUGUAGCUGACGUUUACUAAAAAAAAAAAAGUCUGAUUUCACACUUAGAUGACGAGCAACAGAUUGGGAAAAACAGAAAAACUGAGAAGAUUAGCUGCAAAUUCACAGAAAACAACAACUAAAGCUGCAAGCAGCAUUGGUCAGGUUCUCGCAUCCUUGUUGGUCAGUGAAUCCAAGCAUGUCCACCAGGUGGCGCUGCAAGAGAGAGUGUAUUUCGACCUAUGGCCUUGUUGAUGGCGAAUUAUUAAAACUGUCCACCAGGUGGCGCUAUCACCAUGAAUGUAUAUUGGCCUAAGUGUGUUAUCACGGCCGGACUCUGAUCACACAUGUAAAGUUUCAGGUAGAUUGAAGAAUGUACAGACCAGUUAGACAGCACUUCCUGUUUCAUGGCGAAAUGUCUAAAUUCAAGGGCCGCCAUUUCCACGCCUUCAGACUUUUGCGGAGCAUUUUUAAAACUUUUGAUCACCUGUGCCUGGUGUAUAGGUCCAAGCUCUGUCAGAGUAAUCUUGUUUGAGUUUAUAGCUUUUGAAAAUGUGCAAAAAUUGGUCCAAAAUAUGACACAUAACUCAAAAUGGCCGACUUCCUGUUGGGUUGUGGCCAUGGGUGUCAAAUACAUUUUUGUGUCUCUUGAGGAGUUACAUUGGCCAACUAAAUUUCAUAGCUGUAGGUGACACGCACUGGGCAUAGUUCUUGUUUGAAAUUUUUCCAGGUGGCACAAUGAAGCCAUUUUGGCUCACAUCUAUGCAGUUCCACUAAAAUAACAAAUUUCCUUGUAAAGUUUCACGCGUUUUCCAGUAUUUUUAGGCCUUCAAAACUGCGAUUCAAAAGAUAGAUGAAGAAUGAAAAAUAAUAAGCCCAUGUGUUUCAAUAGAGUCUCUGCACCAUUCUGGGCUUGGACCCUAAUUACUUAAGGUCUGAGCUCCCAAUGCUGUGAAUAGGGGGCUCGGAAGACCCUAUUGGAAUAGAAGGCCUAUUGGACUAUUGGAAUAGAAAGCCCAAUAGGGUCUUCGCACCAUUGGGGCCCAGAAUGGUGCAAAGACCCUAUUGAAACGCAUGGGUUUACUAUUAUGGGUUUUGUGCUCUAGAUCGGGUAAAAUCACCUCCACAUUAGAUGUAAAUAAAGUCUGAAUGGGCCCAAAUUUCUGCUCCAAUCUGCUGCAUCCAGGUGGACUCAGGAAAAUAAUUUCAUGUCGUAUUAAUCUGCUGCUUUUCAGGUUUAACUGGGCAGAUUUUUCCUUUAAGCCGAGCUUGUAAACACAGCAACCUGUAGCUCAAACUAGAUAAAUGUAUAUUCUCUUUCUCUGCUUCUUCAUAUUUUAUCUCAUCUCAUUUAAUUCAUUCCCAAAUCAGCAUCUCGCGAAAAGGAUUUUCUUUGUCAAAUUAGAUUUAAGCACUGAAUCACACCAACUCUUGCACUAAGCAAAUUUCACUUCUGUCUGAAGCCACAAACACACAUUUAUACACUCAGGCCAACUGUAGCGCCAAUAAACACAAACUUCCUGGUGGCUUUACACAGAAUUCUACAUUUUGCACUAUUAAUCCUGCUAUUUUAUGAAUCCCAGCUGCGCCAGGAGCUUUAAGGUUCAUGUUUUUCAUGUUGUUAAUGUACUUCUAGCUCUGUUUCAGCUGCAGCAAGAAGGUUUUAUCAGGAUGCAGCAGCUCAGAAAAACAUCUAUGUAGCUGCUUUUUAGCAAAAGAAAAUGAAGGUUGGUUUGUUUCUCCGUGUUUUGGUCACACAGCGAAUAGCGACUCUAAAGGACGUUUUUAUUGACUGUGAAAUUGAAGAAUCUGUGUUUCCAGGCAGACAAGCUCUAGAAGUCCUCUAAAAAUGAAGUUAUUUUCCACUGUAAUGUCACUUUAAUGCCCUUUAAUCAAUAUUUACUGCAUCAGAAACAUGCAGCAGUUGCUUUAUAGGACUGAAAGCAAGGAUAAUACUAAAUCACAGAAAUGUAAUAAGCAAUGGCAGGCAAGCCAGCUGCUCUGUGAAGCUGAAUUUGCAUUUUUACAAAUGACUAAUUGGUAAAAACUUGAUGAAAAUAACUACAAACAUGUCUUCCAGUUACAUUAAAAUAAUCUCCAGCGUACAACAACAUUAAAACUAACAGCCUAAUACUGUGAAGGUAUAACUCCUGGUUUUAGUUUUGUUCUAAAAUGGAUGUUUUAGUGUGGAGUUGCUGCUGGCCCCGCCCCCUUCAGGAAGGAAACUCUCUCUGAGUUUAUGAUCGACUGUGCAAUCAAAACAGUUGAAACUAGCUUCUAACUUUCUCUCUGGGGAUUCAUUUUCCAUGAAAUUAUCUAAAUUCUCAACACAGUCGUCGUUUUUAAGUGAAACUAAUUUGAUAAUUCAAGUAAUUUCUGUCAGAAAUAAAAGACUAAAUUCUUUAUUUGUUGCUUGAUAAAUGUGAAUAUUUUUUGGUUUAUUUCCAUCCUCAAUGAGCGUAAACUGAAUAUAUCACUUUUCACAAUUUUCUGACAUUUUAUUGACCAAAGAACCAAUUAAUGAAUGCAAAAAAUAAACAAAUCCAAAUUAACAGUGAAAAUAAUCAGUAUUUGCAGCUGGAAAGUCUAAAAUCUGAUUUUUAAAAUGGAUUUAACCUACAGCCAGUGAAGAACAAAAACAGCAGCAAAUAUUAGAGGUUGGUGUUUUUUGUUGUCUCAGGCAGAAAUCCAACAUCUGAAGGAGACGCUGUGCGACCGAAUCACAGAGAAACAAACUUGGUUAAAUCAAGAUUCUGGUUAUUCUGUGUUUUUUUUUUUACUGUCAACAAAUCUCACAAAAAGCAACAACAUGUUUCAAAAAGGUUUUAAAAGAGCUGCUGGUUGUAGUUUUUAACAGCUAAAACAGUAAAAGGUGGAUUUCUAGGGGACUAUUUUCAUCGGCGGAUUCAUCCAGUGAGUUUUUUAUCAACGAAGGAACAAGACAAUAAACUUUUCAAGCUUAUAAAAGUUUAAGAGGACAGAAUGGUUGUUUUUGUGUGGUUUGUUGACAGCAGUCUGGUGAGUUGUAGCUUUAAUCUGCUGUAGUUUUGUUCACAGACGCUUUGAGCUUCAACAUCAAACCGAUCGAACGAAUAACUGACGGACACAGGAAGUGACACGAAGAGCCGACCUCACCACGACUUCAAGAUUGUCAAAGCCAUGUGUUUCUUUUUUUUGUAUUUAAUAUUUUAUGGAAUAAAUAAUUGUGUAUCCUGAAA